AUGCAGGCCACACAAGCACCGCACGCGCCGCAAGAAUCACAAGCAUCAGAAGCAUCCAAGGAUCCGAAGGGAUCGGAGAGAGCGCAGGUUCCCGAAGAGGAAGACCCAAGCAGCAGCAGCAGCAGCAGCAGCAGCGAGGACGAGGACGAAGACCCUCGCGACUACAACACGAGCAUCGGCAGCGCCAUCCCGGUUGGAUUCCGGCUGCCGAACUGUGUGGUGAGCGCCGUCGAGCUGCUCACCUACUUCCCCUACCACCUGCAAUGGCCCGACAUUGUCUUCCGCCUGUGGCGCGCAGGCUUCCGCUCCCCGACCAUGGCAAAGACGCAGCUAUACGCGCGCGGCACGCUCAACAAGACUGAGCUGAAGCGUCGCCACGACGCCAUCCGGUGAGUACAGGAUCCACACUGUCGAUACACGCACGUGGCGGCCGUCAAAGACGCAUGCUGACAGUCCCUCUCUUUGCAGCCAACAAAUCAAGACCGCCGGAAAGUAAGUAUACCAUCCCUUUUGUGAUAUCUCCGGUCUAACCCAGGACACUAACCUUCUCCUUAGAGGUCCAAGCUGGUUCGGUCCCGCCUUCAACGGCGCUACCAACGCUCCCUACAAGGACGACCCUCGCCUACAGCCCAUCAGCGCCGCCGACUACCCGCGAACGGAGUGCCCCAACGGCGUGAUGGAGCACUACGAUGUCAGCGACGCCCAGACACCACAGACCAGCACUUUCCGCCAGAAGCCCGACCCCGCGACCCUCUCCCAGGUGGCGAACGGCGUCAUCCAUCACCCACAAGGCUUGGAGGCCGGCAUCGUGACCAAGGUCAUGCUCUUUGCCGCGGCGAGGGACUGGGUCGAUCCGGCCACCGGCAGACAAUGGACGACGGACGACAUUCCCGCGCUCGCCUUCCGCCUGGGGUUUGGCCUCCCCCAGGAGGCCUACACGGACACCUGGGACCAGCUCUGCCUGGAGUCCUGCGAGGCCAUCGACAGGCCGACGGCUUGA